UCUGUGAUAGCGGCUUCCGUCUUUUAAAUGGAGAAACAGCCUCGACUUGUGACAUUAAUGGAGUCGCCAACAUCACCAUGAUGGAUGGAGCCCUGGCGAUUUGCAACGCUGUCUAUGCCACUGCCACAGUCGACGGCGACUACAAAGAGACUUUCAUCACAGCAUCCAUGUGUAAAACCUUUAUAGAAUCACAGAAUGAUACGAUCUUUGAUAUACAAAUUGGUAAACAAAGAUAUCCCGUUAUCCCGCCCCUGUUUACCUUGGUGGAAG